CCUCCCGACACCCAAUCCGUGUCAACAUCAGUCUUCACGUCGCCGCAUCCUCGCUCGGGACACCAUGUCCCCCGAGCGCGAGAAGAAGAGUGCGAGCGCAAGCUGUGACCGCUGCCGGAGCCGGAAGGUAAAGUGCCACCCGCUCAGCGACGAGGAACUCGAAACAGCUCGCGCGCGCGGCGUCGGCGAUCGAUGCCGGGGAUGCUUUGUUGCGGAUAAGGAGUGUACGCACCACUAUGUGCACAAGAAGCCGGGCCGGCCUCUGGGGAGCAGCCGGCGGCGCACUCCAGUUCCCGCGCCAACCAACUCGGCGGGCGUGCCCCUCAGCCUAGACCUCGGCGCCGGCCCUGUAUCGGGCAGCAUCUUUGGCAGCGCAAGGACGGCGCUGUACCCCUUUCCAAUGGAUGUUCCGCUGGAGGUCGACCUGUCCGAUCGUGCAUCUGGUGGUGGCGAACUCUUCUCCGUCCCGGGCCCCAGCUGCUUGAUGCAUACACCGGCCCUCGCCUCCUCGAUCAAUCGCCCGACCAGUGUUGCCAAUGCCCCAGAGCUCGCUACCCCACGCCACUCCACGCACACUACCCCUGUCCCUCUCGACGGAGCACAUGCCGACGCCGACCUGGACGGACGUAGCCUCGACGCAGUGCUCCCAUGGGCUGAUGCGACCCACUUCCUCCAUCUCUUUCUCCGGGAUCAACACUGCCUUGUUCCAGUCGUCCACGCGCCAACCUUCGGGCUUGAUCUGCUCAAACGCCGAGAUCGGAAAGACGAGGCGUUCCGCGGUCUACUCUGCUCUAUGAUAUCAUUCACGAUCUGUCAAUGCCCCAUCUCCGUCAUGACGGACGCGUACGAGCGUGCACGGCUGGUGGACAUCCUAUACCGGUGUAUUAGGGCGGCCGACGCGAUCCGGCACCGGCAGCGCCUGCUGCCGUCCCUCGAGCUACUGGCGUCGACUUUGCUGGAUGGGAUCACGGCCCAAGCUGUGGGGAGACCGGUGACGGACAUGCUCGUAGCUGAGGUCACACGGCUCGCACAUUCUCUCAACCUUAAUGAAUCGCAGAAGCUCGAGGCCGGCCCCAUCGAAACGCAGAUACGGAGACGGCUCUACUGGAUCAUGUACUGUAAGGACAAGACAGAAGCACUCUCCGGCCGGCCCGUCAUGCUACACGACUUUGAAGGAGUCGCUCCCCACCCCUUGCUGGUCGACGAUGAGUAUAUCACCCCCGCUGGCCAUCUCCCACAACCAGAGGUGAGGCCCAGUGUGAUGGUAGGCUUCGUUGUCAUCCUCCGCAUCUUUCAGGUUAUCUCUGGCUGUGUCGCCCGCCACCGCGCCUUCGCGAAUCGACCGCGCGGAGAGCCCAGUGACCCAAGUUCACUGGAGGAGGAGUUUGACGAGCCUGCUGCCAUCCGGUGGAUAGAGGGCGCACAAGCCCGUCUCCGCGCUAUCCUCUCCGCCCUCCCGCCCGCACUUUGCAUGGAUCUCCACAUCAGCUGCGCUGCAGAACGAGCAGAUCCCUGCAACUCCUCCCUCUACCGCAUCCAGCAGGCCAACAUCAGCAUCACGGCGCUCUGCGCCGAGUUCGCACUGCUCGACUUCCGCGCAUGCCUGCGCCCGGACGAAGAUACGCGCGCUGAGAGGGAGGAGCAGGCGCGCAAGGCGUACGCCACACUGUCUGGCUUGCCGCUCGAGUAUCUCGCGUCGAACGGAGAGAGCAUGCGCGGCAAAGUGCUCCGCAUCAUCCUCGCGCUGUUGCACACCGCGGCCGAACCGGUCAACUUCAGCCAGAAUAUGUGGGACUGGUGGAACAUAUACUCGCGGGUACAGUUCCUCCAGGUGGUGCCAGACGAGGGGAUGAUGCUGGUCGAUGGCCAGGUGGGGGUGUAGACCGCUGUAGUUAUUGUACGAGCAGGACAUGGACUUCUGUACUGAAUUU